GAUUGAUUGUAAAAAUAGAAAUAAUUAAGGAAAUAAAGAACAGGAAUUAACGAGGGUAUUAAAAGUGUUUGAGUUCCUGACAAGUUUACAAACCUAAAGACAAACACGUAUCACAAUUUUAUUAGUUAUCACCACAAACUUAAAGACAAACUAGUACGAGACCACAAUUAUAACAUUCGUUUACAUACAGAUUCAUACCAAGACUUAUGGUUCCAUUAAUAUUAAACUAUUUUCAUUGCGCUUAUCAUGUAAAAGUACUAUCUCAAGCCAUUCAUGGUUUUCCAUUAUUUUCAUCUCUAUACAAGUGCCUUGUUUCCGUAUAUUUUUGGAAUUAAAGAAGCAAGAAAGCGAAAUUGUCCUAGAAAACCAUCAACUUUAUCCUCCUCGUUGAACUGCCGCACUUUAACUGCCCGCUGGAACUGAUCAUAUGACUAAAGAAUCAUUAAUAAUGCAAAGGCUCUACACAACCGAUGACAACUUGUUCUUCUUUCAUUGGACUAACUUUUCCUCCGAUAUAAAAAAUAUCCACAUACUCUACACAUCUUACGCUUACCAUAAAGUUCUCUUGGUCCCGUCCCUUUUUCGUAGUGUAUUACCGAGCGAAAAAGUGUCAAAGAGAAAAAGCGCACGUACUAAUAAAAACGACCGAUCCUCGAUCACCAUUACACGUUCUCACUGUCAUAAUUUAUUCACUGACCCCUUUGUCUGACAAAAUGCAUCAACAAGAUGAUAGUACCCCUCUUGCACAUCACGCACAUUCUGGUUCCCGCAAUAUGUACGAUAAUAUAAUAGAACUUUUGCGUUUGGAGAAUUACGUCUCAGGCAUGCAUCGUAAUAACACUUCGCACAAGUCGGAUCGUCCUUCAUGAGUGAUAAGAGACAAUACUCGUUUGGUCCUAGACAUGGAACGUCGGACGGACACAAAGAUUUAAAGUGGGCGAUUGGUAUAAAUCGACUCAUGUUGAAAAUCAUCGGCUUGUGGCCAUCGGACAAUCGAAACCCUCAUGAGAUUAUGAAAUCGAAAUUUCGACUAUUGUGCAGCACUAUUAUGGUGCUUUUCAUAUUGGCAAUACCAGCUUUUAUAUCACUGAUAAAAAUAUGGAGCAAUAUGAUCCUACUGGUAGAUAAUUUAGUAUACAGCCUACCUGUGUCCAUUGCUCUAUUCAAAGUUUUUACGAUUUGGUAUAAACGAAAAGAUUUAGCAUCUCUGAUUGAUAUGAUCGCGACAGACUGGAUGAAACCAAAGACGAAAGAGGAACGAGAUGUUAUGCUAAAACUCGCAAAGAUCAGUCGUAUGAUCGCUAUAUGUGGAUGGCUCUUACCAUGUAUUCCGACGUUAACUUGUUUCGCACUUGCAUAUUUUGGAUUGACUCUCAGAUACGUGACGAAUCUGACAGACCCUGGUAAACCCUUGAUGAUACAAACGCACUACUUCCACGACGUUUCCAAGAGUCCGCAGUUUGAGUUGACGUUUCUGGCCCAAGGAAUUGCUGUGUUCAUAACAAGUAUCUCUUAUUAUGCGGUCGACCAUUUCCUUGGGCUAUUAGUCUUGCACGUAUAUGGCCAGAUGGAGAACCUGCAUAUCCGACUGACACAUAUGGAGCGAUAUACAAACUUUGAUACGGUAUUAAAAUACAAUGUCCAGGAUCACAUCCGCUUAAUCAGAUCCAUUGAAAUCAUCGAUGAUUCAUUCCAUUUGUUGCUACUUGUCAUAGUAGUACAUUUCGGCAUAAUAUUUUGCUUACUAGGAUUUCUCAUAGUUAAUGUUCUUAAUGACGACGGCCAAUUGUCAUUUAUACAAUUAGUUUGGUUUAUUGCAAUGACCAUAUCCAUUUUGUUGCAUAUGUGUCUUUACUGUGCCGUUGGCGAAGUUCUCGUGACGCAAUGUGAAAAGAUUCAUCGUGCCGCAUACGAAUACACGUGGUACACUUUAGAUCCAAAAGUAGCGAGGAACUUAAUUCUAAUAAUGCUACGUGCAAGCAAACCACUGUACAUCACGGCUGGGAAAACAUUUCCCAUGACGAUGGCAACGUUUUGCAACUUGUUAAAAACGUCAACAGGUUAUAUAUCUGUCUUGCUUGCCAAUCAAAAUUAAUAAUGAUAUUAAGAACAUUGCGUUCCAACAAUUGCAAUCGUUUAGUACAAUUAAUUAUCAAAUAAUAAAAUAUGACAA